UUUUUUCAAUAAAAGCACGAAUUCUGAGAUUAUUUCACCCAUUCGAGCCGGUCUCAUUUUUUCAGGAUUGUCCAAAAAAAAAAAGAGGUUCCCUUCACAACUAUCAGCUCCUAAGAUCCGAUCAGAUCCGGUCAUGUCCUUCCCUCUUUGUCUCUAGAAUCUACAAUUUCUCUCUCUCUAUUUGUGUAUAUGUAUUUAUCGAUCGAUUCUUCUCUGAAUUUUCAAAAAAAUUGAAGUUUCAAAAUCCAUUUUUUGCUUUUUGGAAUUUUAGGGUUCCUGAAAGACCGGAGCUUUUGUUUUCUGCUUCAUUAAAUUUAGGGCCUUUUUUCUUGUUUUGGGGGAAUGAGAUGUGCAGGAUCGUGAGCUAGGGUUUUUUCUUGCUUUCUUGGGAGGGGUUGGGUUCUUGACCUCCGGGUGCAUGAGGAUUUGGUGCUGUCUAUGCUUUAGCGACGACGAGGAAGACGAUAAUCAACGGAAAGGAAGCAUGAAGGAAGGGUUUUUGGAAAAUGUAGACGACUUAGAGGGCAAUAUCGUAAAUGACGACGAUGACGACCGCGAGGAGGAAGAAGAAGCCACCGCCACCGCCGCCGCUCAAUUAGCUUUAAACCUAAACAGGCAAAAACAAGGAGACGAGACGUUGCUGUUGUUUGAAGAGAUGGUCACCGCCAUGAGAUGUGGUGGGAAUUGGGACGGUGCCACGUGGCGCCCUUUGAUUCGCUGCUCACGUCCUUCCGAGGGUGAGACUAGCGCCUCCGCCUCAAUUGCCGUUGAAGGUUGUGACCACCACGAUUCCCACCAUAAGCGAGCCAAAGUCUACUCCGCUUCUCAUGAGAUGACUUCUUGCUCUUCAGCUGAGACGGAUUUUAGUAUUAAUCAAGGCUCGUCGAUUUUGCCUAAUAAUGGGAUGUUUUAUCACAAUUUCAUGUUGAAUAAUGGGGGUGACGGGCAUCCUUUUGAUGCUAAUGGUGGGAACGAUGAGGGUGGUUUGAGAACGGAGGAUUUUGAAAUUCGAAUGGAUCUGACAGAUGACUUAUUGCAUAUGGUGUUCUCAUUCUUGGAUCAUCGUAAUCUUUGCCAUGCUGCUAUGGUUUGUAGGCAGUGGCGAGCAGCUAGUGCUCAUGAGGAUUUUUGGAGGUGUUUGAAUUUCGAAUACCGGAAUAUUUCUCUUGAACAAUUUGAGGACAUGUGUCAACGGUAUCCAAAUGCCACUGAAGUGAAUCUCAGCGGUACUCCUAAUAUUCACCUGCUCGUUAUGAAAGCUGUCUCUUCAUUAAGAAAUCUCGAGGCUUUAACAUUGGCAAAAGGCCAACUAGGGGAUGCCUUUUUCCAUGCGUUGUCAGAAUGUAGUAUGUUGAGUAGUUUGGAUGUGACUGAUGCUAUUCUUGGCAAUGGUAUUCAAGAGAUACCUAUUAACCAUGAACGAUUGCGUGAUCUGAAAGUAACAAAAUGCCGUGUGAUGCGUAUAUCCAUCAGGUGCCCACAACUGAAAAACUUGUCUUUGAAACGUAGUAAUAUGGCACAGGCAGCUCUUAAUUGUCCUCUUUUGCAUCUGCUUGAUAUAAGCUCAUGCCACAAACUUACAGAUGCAGCAAUUCGUUCAGCAGUGACCUCUUGUUCCCAAUUAGAGUCUUUAGACAUGUCAAAUUGUUCUUGUGUUAGUGAUGAAACACUACGUGAAAUAGCUCUCACUUGUGCAAAUCUUCAUGUUCUGAAUGCUUCAUAUUGUCCAAACAUAUCACUUGAGUCUGUAAGACUGCCAAUGUUAACAGUUCUAAAGCUCGACAACUGCGAGGGUAUAACUUCGGCCUCAAUGGCUGCAAUAGCUCAUAGUUAUAUGUUGGAGGAGUUGGAGCUUGAUAAUUGCCACAUGUUGACAUUGGUGUCAUUGGAUCUUCCUCGCCUGCAGAAAAUUCGACUGGUUCAUUGUCGAAAAUUUGCUGAUUUGAAUGUACAGUGUUUCAUGCUAUCAUCUAUAACGGUAUCCAAUUGUGCCGCACUGCAUCGCAUCAACAUCAGUUCAAAUUCACUUCAAAAAUUAGCGUUGCAGAAGCAGGAAAAUUUGACAAUGUUGGCACUGCAAUGUCAAUGUUUGCAAGAAGUAGACCUUACAGAUUGUGCAUCUUUGACAAAUUCUGUUUGCAAUAUCUUUAGUGACGGUGGUGGUUGCCCUAUGCUAAAAUCUUUGGUUAUGGAUAACUGUGAGAGCUUGACAGCAGUGCAGCUCUCCAGUACAUCUUUGGUCAGUCUUUCUCUGGUCGGUUGUCGUGCUAUCACUACUCUGGAUCUUGCAUGUCCUUGUCUUGAGAAAAUUUGUUUAGAUGGUUGUGAUCAUCUGGAAAGAGCAUCAUUUUGUCCUGUAAGUUUAGAGGGACUCCAGACUUCCUGUGAGGCUGCUCUUCGGUCACUUAAUCUUGGAAUAUGCCCAAAAUUGAACACACUGAGAAUUGAUGCUCCAUACAUGGUGUCACUUGAGUUGAAAGGAUGUGGUGUCUUAUCUGAAGCAUCCAUAAACUGUCCUCUAUUGACAUCUCUGGAUGCUUCCUUUUGCAGCCAACUUAAGGAUGAUUGCUUAUCUGCAACAACGUCUUCCUGCCGUCUGAUUGAGUCAUUAAUAUUGAUGUCAUGCCCAUCUAUUGGUUCUGACGGUCUUUUCUCUUUGCGCUGGCUUCUGAAUUUAACGACACUUGAUUUAUCAUAUACCUUUUUGACGAAUUUGCAGCCAGUUUUUGUGUCUUGUUUGCAGCUGAAGGUGUUAAAAUUACAAGCAUGCAAAUAUCUGGCUGACUCAUCAUUGGAGCCUCUUUACAAGGAAUGUGCUUUGCAAGAACUCCAAGAAUUGGACUUGUCAUAUGGUACCCUGUGUCAGUCUGCCAUAGAGGAGCUUCUUGCUUAUUGCACACAUCUUACUCAUGUGAGCUUGAACGGAUGUAUAAAUAUGCAUGACCUGAAUUGGGGUUCUACUGGUGGUCGACUUUUUGAGUCGCUCAGCACAGAUAAUGCAUCUAGCAUGUUUUCUCUUGAGGACAUCAAUGAGCCAGUUGAGCAAGCCAACCGUUUACUGCAGAACCUCAACUGUGUAGGUUGUCCAAAUAUUAGGAAGGUGCUUAUCCCACCACCAGCACGCUGUUUCCAUUUGUCAUCUCUAAAUCUUUCGUUGUCAGCCAAUUUAAAGGAAGUUGAUCUUGCUUGUUUCAAUUUGUCCUUUCUUAAUCUAAGCAAUUGUUGCUCUUUGGAAGUUUUGAAGCUUGAGUGUCCUAGACUGACUAGUCUCUUUCUUCAGUCUUGCAACAUCGGGGAAGAAGCAGUUGAAACCGCUAUAUCACAGUGUAGCAUGCUGGAGACUCUGGAUGUCCGCUUCUGUCCAAAGAUUUGCACAAUGAGCAUGGGGAGGCUAAGAGCAGUUUGUCAAAGUUUGAAGCGUAUUUUUAGUAGCUUGUCUCCUGCAUGAUGUUGAUGUGAUCAAGAAUUUUAUUUCCGUUUGGAAGUGGAUAUUACUUCAUAUUAGUGGCAGCAACAACGGCUUGGUAUUUUGUCAUGAUCAGCUCUCUUUUGUAUGUAAAUGGUCAUCAUAUUUUCCCCGUGUCUGUUUCCGAUACAUAAUAUAAAUCUCUAUAUAUAUAUAUAGGUAAUGUAACAGUGUAAUAAAUUACUAUCAAUGUUCUUGUAUUCACUA